AUGAAAUCUCCACUACCCUUACCGGAACUAUUCGAUGAGGACGAAUUUUCGUUCAUCUUCAAAAAGCCUCGCGGACUAAACGAUGCAUUUCACAGACGAAGACCCCCCAAGUUAGUGCAUCCGUUUAAUCGCAGCAUUAAUGCUUCCGUCGCUAAUGCCAUCUCGUUCAUAGAGGACAGUCGAACGGAGUUAAGCACAAUGUACAACCGGAACAUACCGGACACAUACUACGAGCAGUGCUUCGAACAGUUGACGAAGGUGGGCGAAGGAUCGUUCGGCGAGGUGUUCAAAGUGCGAAGCCGUGUCGAUGGCAGGCUUUACGCGGUGAAAAAGUCCAAAGCCUACUUUCGUAGCACGCAGUGUCGGGAGCUGUGCCUGGAAGAGGUACGCCGGUACGAGCAAUUUUCCGAUCAUGAGAACUGCGUCAAGCUGUAUCUGGCAUGGGAACAGGAGGACCGACUUUACAUGCAGAUGGAGCUGUGUCGCGAGAAUCUGGAAAUCUAUGCACGGGAACAGCAAAAGUUACCGGACGAGCGGAUAUGGUCGAUCAUGUUAGAUCUGCUGCUUGCCUUGAAAAGCCUGCACGAUCGCAAUCUCAUCCAUCUAGAUAUCAAGCUAGAUAACAUCCUCGUCACCGACGACGGUACCUGCAAGCUGGCCGAUUUUGGGAUCGUGUUUGAUCUGACGAAAAGUAAUCCACGUUACGCGACUGAAGGUGAUUCGCGCUACAUGGCACCGGAGCUGAUGGAGGGCAGGUAUACGAAGGCGGCCGAUAUUUUCAGCCUCGGGAUAGCUACGCUGGAGCUCGCCUGUAAUUUGGAGCUUCCGGCCAAUGGACGUUUGUGGCAGCGUUUGCGUAGCGGUCAACCACUGCCCGAAAAUUUGGCGUGCAAUAUUUCACCCGCGCUGAAAACCAUCAUCCACAGCAUGAUGCACCCAGUACCGGACGAACGUCCCACGGUCGAUGCGCUACUGAAGCAUCCGAUCGUGCAUAAGGUUCACGAGGCCCGGAGGCGGCGACGUGUUUGGGAGCGAAUUAAAUGCUAUGUUCACCGAAAACUUUCUAGCUUAAGCGGGUUUUUCAUGCUGGCAGUGAUGUGGUUGGUGGCGUGCAUUCGACUACAGCACCGAAAAGAAUCACCGGGAGUGGUCCACCCAAAAGCUGCCAAGACGGCGAACGGUUACAAUCGUUCGCAUCUAUUCAAUGGCAAUUGUUCUCGAACUCCGAGCGGAAUGUCCCAGGGCGUGUUGCAGAACCAAAGCUCUAGCCUAUUGGCGGGUGAAACCCAAGACUAUGAUGAUAAUGGUUAUGAUGAUUUGAACAGAACGGGUUUUGAUAGCAGCACUGGUACGACGGCUGCUGGCGAUGAUACGGACUGUGAUCGUACAACGGGUACGCAUGAUGGCAUAGAUGGCAAGGAAAGUAUACAAAUUACUCCCACAUUGAACAACUCUAUGCCACCGACCCGCACACCGACAAUACGGAUCGUUAAUUCUACGCCCCUAAAUCAUGAUCACCUAAAGUACCAGCACCACCUACAGUACAGUCAUCCAAAUUCGCACAGCCAUUCCGGUUCGCGGCAUUCGAGUCGCGUAUUCUGUUCGCCAUUUCGCAAUUUAUGGUUCGAGGACGAUGCGAACGAUCUGUCAAUAUUGAACGAUUCGCAUAGGAACUCAAAAGUGAUUUCCACUAGCUCAUCGAUCGCACCACCACCGCUCAAUGAUAGCGAUAACGAUUUUCGUCCCCUUGGAUCACCGUCACACGAUCUGAAUGUGUCGUCCGGGCAGAGCGAAGACGUGCCAGGCAAUAACGUCACUGCAACAUCAUCCAUCGGUGGUAGCGAACAAUCGAUUACGAGCACCCCAAACAGUUCCUUAUUCAAAGCGAUGCGAACAAGCACCACCAUGGCCAAUGGUCUAGCUGCUGCCGCUUCAUCUGGCUGUGAUAACUCAUUGUCCGCGGGAUAUUCGUCGUUUCUUAUUAAGAAAAAAUUACGCUUUAACGCAGAGGAAGACGAAGAUUCCGACUGA